CGAGCACACGCAAACAUGGCCGCGCGGGUUGUUAUAUUUUUUAAGACGAUGCAGGCGGCUCGAUGCCCAACAGAUGAACUUUCCUUAACAAACUGUGCCGUGGUCAGUGAAAAAGACCUGCAGUCCGGCCAGCAUGUGACUGUGAAGACUACACCCAAUCAUAAAUUUGUGUUUACAGUGAAGAGUCAUCAUACAGUGGCUCCAGGAAGCAUCGCCUUUAGCCUGCCACAGAGAAAAUGGGCUGGCCUGUCAAUUGGACAGGAAGUAGAAGUGGCGAAUUAUAACUUUGACAAGUCAAAGCAGUGUAUCGGAGCUAUGACCAUAGAGAUCGACUUCUUGCAGAAGAAGAGCACGGACUCCAGCCCAUAUGAUUCAGAUAAGAUGGCCAGUGAGUUCAUCCAGCAGUUUAACAAUCAGGCCUUUUCUGUAAGCCAGCAGCUGGUGUUCAGUUUCUGUGAUAAGCUCUUUGGGCUGGUGGUGAAAGACAUGGAGGCCAUGGACCCCAGCAUCCUAAAGGGAGAGCCGGCAUCUGGCAAAAAACAGAAGAUUGAGAUUGGCCUCCUUGUCGGAAACAGUCAGGUGAUCUUCGAAAAGGCUGAGAGUUCCUCUCUAACCCUUGUUGGAAAGGCAAAAACUAAAGAGGCGCGUCAGACCAUCAUUAACCCCGACUGGAACUUCGAGCGCAUGGGAAUCGGGGGUUUGGAUAAGGAAUUCUCUGACAUCUUCCGGAGGGCUUUCGCUUCUCGAGUUUUCCCACCCGAUAUAGUGGAACAGAUGGGCUGUAAGCAUGUGAAGGGAAUCCUGCUGUUUGGACCACCGGGAUGUGGAAAGACUCUGAUGGCUCGGCAAAUCGGAAAGAUGCUGAAUGCUCGGGAACCCAAAAUUGUGAAUGGGCCAGAAAUCUUGAACAAAUACGUGGGAGAAUCGGAAGCUAACAUCAGGAAACUGUUCGCAGAUGCAGAGGAUGAACAGAAGAGGCUGGGGGCUAACAGUGGUCUGCACAUUAUAAUAUUUGAUGAAUUGGAUGCAAUAUGUAAGCAGAGAGGAACUGGAGCGAGCAGCACUGGAGUUCAUGAUACUGUAGUGAAUCAGCUUCUGUCCAAGAUCGAUGGAGUGGAGCAGCUCAACAACAUCCUGGUCAUAGGAAUGACCAACAGGCCAGAUCUGAUCGACGACGCUUUGAUGAGGCCGGGCCGAUUUGAAGUGAAAAUGGAAAUUGGAUUGCCAGAUGAGAAGGGGCGGGUUCAGAUCCUCAGUAUCCACACAGCUAAGAUGCGUGAGUUUAAUCUGCUGGCCAUAGACGUGAAUCUGAAGGAGCUUGCAGCUGAAACAAAGAACUACAGUGGAGCAGAAUUAGAGGGGCUGGUCAGAGCGGCCCAGUCCACUGCUAUGAACCGCCACAUCAAGGCUACAGCCACAGUGGAGGUGGACCUGGAAAAAGCGGAGAAGCUGCAGGUCACCAGAGAUGACUUCAUGGGUUCUCUGAAUAACGACAUCAAACCUGCUUUUGGAACAAAUCAGGAGGAUUACGCCAGCUACAUCAUGAAUGGUAUUAUUAAGUGGGGAGAUCCGGUGACCCAUGUUCUGGAUGAUGGAGAGCUCCUUGUCCAGCAAACAAAGAACAGUGACCGAACCCCACUGGUUGCCGUGCUGCUGGAGGGACCUCCUCACAGUGGAAAAACAGCUUUGGCUGCGAAAAUCGCGGAAGACUCUCAGUUUCCUUUCAUUAAAAUCUGCUCUCCAGAUAAAAUGAUUGGUCACUCUGAAAUCACCAAGUGCCAGGCUAUCAAAAAGAUAUUUGAUGAUGCAUAUAAGUCUCAGCUGAGCUGUGUGGUGGUGGAUGAUAUAGAGCGUCUGCUGGAUUAUGUUCCCAUUGGCCCUCGAUUCUCUAACCUGGUUCUGCAGGCUCUGCUGGUUCUGUUGAAGAAAGCUCCUCCUCAAGGUCGUAAGCUGCUCAUCAUCGGCACCACCAGUCGCAAGGAUGUCCUGCAGGAGAUGGAGAUGCUUGAUGCUUUCAGCACCACCAUCCACAUCCCAAACAUCUCCAGCGGAGAACAUCUGGUGGAGGCUCUGGAGCUGCUGGGAAGUUUUACAGAUGCAGAAAGAGCUACAAUUGCACAGCAGGUGAAAGGGAAGCGGGUUUGGAUUGGCAUCAAAAAACUUCUAAUGCUUAUCGAAAUGUCCUUGCAGAUGGAUCAGGAGUACCGGGUCAGUAAGUUCCUCUCUCUGCUGCGGGACGAGGGCGCGGACCGAGGGUUCUACCAGUAAUAGUGGAACAGAUUGAGGGUCUGUAUACUUCAGUGCCACCAUCCUUCACCAUGAACAGCUGGUUCUGAUGCGGUCUGGCUUCCUGCUCGUGUUUGUGCUGUGUCUGUUUCUGUAUACUAACAUCACUUCAAUUAAUAUAAAGAUAAAAUUAUAGAAGGAAAAUAAACCCACAGAAAACUGUUUGAUAAAUGUUCAUGCUGUGAAAAUAUAAAAUAUAUCAAGUACACUAUAUAUGGCUUAAUGAAAUGUAUAUGUAGCACAGAGAUACAAUUUAUUUGUGUAAAAUUCAGAUGAGCUGUGUUUGUUCUGUAUUCUUUUCUUCAUCUGUGCUGUUGUUAUGGUAACACAAGCUGGUAGUUCAACAGUGUUUCCUUUAUAUUUGUUGUUCUGAAGCUAAAAUACAGCAUCAUUUCUAAUGUGUUGGUGAAUCCAGUACUUGUGAGUGCAUCAGAAUAAUCAGUGAAUAAUCAAACCUUUAACAAAAACUAUUCCUCACUUUUCCUUAAUUAGCUGUAUCAUGAUAAGUUUGAAGAAAAAGAGUUAUACAAUGAAAUUUGAUGUUUUGCUGAAAUUAACUUGUGCUGAUCAUGGUGUGUGUAGCUAUUGAUUAUUGAUUAUUAAAAUAGAUAGCAAUUUAAUUCUCCUGCCUGUUGACCCAAAUCUGUCACUCCUAUGAUUAGUGCUUGAUGUUCAUACCUGUUACGUAAUCAAAAAUAAAUCUGUGCUGAAAUAAAACAGUAUUAUAUGAUUAUAUGCAAUAAAAUCAAAAAGUCAAAUGGGUUAGGACGUCACUCCUGCUGACCCAUACCAGUACACUGUAUUAGUUAUUGUAAAAGUGUGAGUUUGAAUUGUUUAAAUAUGUUAAGUAAGCAGGUGAUCAAAUAAAAGAUUCAGAAUAGAGAGAA